AUGAGUAAAUUCCGCAGGCAGGGCACCGGAACAUCCGUCCGAGGGAAGCCCAUCUCACAUCCUAUACCUUUCCCAGACGACGACGAGUUCCCCAUCAGAACACCAGGAGCGGGGAUAGCAAUGCCCCUCGGGACGGACGCCGAGAACCAGAUCCGUAUAAGAGAAUCCGUUGCGGCGCAACUUGAGAAUACCUCUCACCAGACUGGAAUCGCAGUCAGCGACUUUAUAGAUCCCAUUGCAGCUGCUCAGUCCGGACCAGUCCCUUCUCAACCUUCACCGGAAACUCCGGUAAGGAGGACAAACGUACCCAGUCAAUUGAGGAAUUCUACGGCAAGCAGGAACACAGGGUCAAGUGGGAGACCACAGCGAAAGAAGUCGACAAUGCGAGCAGUGUUUGGACGUCUUUUUGGAAAGAGACGGAAAGGAAGCGGGUCUUCAAGUCCUAAAGAGCAGGGACCGAGUGAGAUACGGGCUGGCCAACAUCGAAGUGAUCCAACUGCCCUGAACAGAAGUCCGCCAGCAAGUUCACAAAAGCGCUCAGCUUCCUUACCUAUCAACGAGUUCAACCGCGCACUCCGCUCUCACUCGAUCGUCGCAGACGACUUCCCCCUGGGAAGCAGCGAAAACGAAGCAUCUCGCGGCUCAAUACAAGCGGAUGGGCAAAGGAGACCUCGCAGAGCCACCACGCCCAGUCGAUUAUGGACACCCAAUAAAACUCCCGGGUACGUGGACUGGACAGGACUUUCCCCGCGACCCGCGAGCACGCAUGGCCGGGGAAGCAGAGUGGUUUCGGACGGGGAAGACGCCGUGGCUGAAGCAAAUAUUGGAACCGCUGUCAGUAGCAGCAGCCACCCGAACAGACGGUCAAGAAGUCUUGGCGAGCUGCGGGACAUUGUGACGACGGCGGCAGGGGGACCAGGAACACAAACCGCCCGCAGGCGUCGCAGUGACGAAAUCAGAUAUUGGAGAGAGAGUUAUGAUCCAGGCGUCCUCUCGCCCAUGUCUUCGAACAAAGCCGAAGUGGAAGAACCCAUCCUGGUAGACGACGAGGGGGAAGAUGCACGUGAUGACGAACCACAAGAGCCGCCACAACCAUUCGUUUUCGAGAUGGCGGGAAUGAAGAUUACACAAGCAGCCAGUCUUGAGACCCGGGUCCAGAGACUGGAGGAGCGAAUGAUGCACAUGGAACACAUGGUCGGGUCGCGGUCCUUCAACCGCGCCUCUCACGAAGACGCCACCAGCAUGCAAUUCCAGGAUUCUCCCAGGAGAGGAUCAACUAGUAAACGUAGCACAUCAAUAACAAGACCACAGACCGAUAACUCGGAAAUUUCCUUACCUCGACACCACAGAUACCGGGACGCUCCCCGGUCCUCCGCCACACAGGCACUAGAUCCCGCUGCUCCUCUCCCGCCGAAAGGGAGUCAGAACCGCUCAUCCUCCUACGGAAGCUCUCGACCCUCCACCAUCUCAACCCAUAACUCCUACCACCCGUCCUUCGAAAACUUCCCCCUCUCCACCGUCCCCACAUCCGAAGUCCCCCUCCCCCCAAACUUCGCCCGUCCCCUCUCAACCUCCACCACCAUCCGCGGCAUCCCCUCCAGCUCACCGACCUUCACCAAAGACGGCGCCCUCACAGGCGAACACUACACCGCCCUCACAAACAUGAUCCUCGCCGAGCAAAACGCGCGCCACGAGCUCGAAUCCGUCGUGCACACCCUGCAACGGCAACUACAAGCCUACCUCGAAACACACUCGUACCCAACCCCCGGCUUGGACGCAGCCGGGGACCCUUUACAGAUCACCGCCGCCGGUGGGGGGGAGUACUCGAGUUUCGAGCAAGACGACGAGGACGAGAGUAGCGAGGACGAAGAUAAGGUGUUCCAGACGCCGCGCGAGGAGAGGGGACAGUUCGGCGACGAGAUUUUUGGGCAGGAGGAGAGGGAGAGGAAGAGUGCGCCGAGGACGUUGAGUUUGAGUCAAAUUACGUUGGGGAAGGGGAACCAGCAGCAGCAACAGCAGCAGCAGCAUAGUGUGAAUUUUUAG